CACGGAUAUGAGAUAGGUCAUACCACACAGUGAAAAUGAAUUCUAAAGAUACAACCGACAAUGUAGAAGCAAUUAAUUCACCUAGUAUAUCUUCGAGAACAAAGAAUUGGGUCCAAUUUGAGGAUGAAACUCCUGAAAAAGAUAAUGGCAACAUAGAAGAAAAAACUAAAACUACUGCACCAGCUGUAAUAAAACCGGAAUCAGUUACAGUGAAUGUGGAGAAAAUUGGGAAAGCCAUUGAGAAGACAGAUAGUCAACAAACUAAGAAUAAUGAAUACAGAGGUGCUGUGAUAUCAACUGAAUCCGUCCAGAUAAAUUUAGAUAGGUCAGGUUUAAGUCGUUCUAUUACGUCUGAAAGUCCAGAUCUUAAUGUACCGUCCGAAGUAAGAAUUUCUAAUCCCAAAAGUGCUUCUUUGAAGACUAUUGAUCUCAGAGAUGUAUCUAAUGGCAGAAGUGCUACAAAUAAUAUUAUAAGCACACCCAUUGGAAAUAUUAGACAAGGUUUUGCCAAUGGAGAUACUAUUGUUACUCUUUUACCAGUUAAUACUAGAUGGCCAUGGAUCACUCCAGCUAAAUUUCGACCAGAAUUAGUACCAGAAGAGUUAAUGGCUCAAGGUUUGACGCUUACAGUAGAAGACUAUGUACACAUAAUGGAGUUGCUUGUAAAUGAUGUACGUUUUAAUAUGUACAAUAUAUGCUAUAAGAGAAUUCUUGUCCUUUGGAUAUUUACUGCAUUUAUUGUACUGCUUGGCUUAUUAUUUUCUGGAGUGACUGGUCUUACUUUAUUUGGUCUCGGCGUCAUGUGGUUAGUCCUCAAUGCUGCAGCAAUAUUCUUUUGCAUGUUCGUCAAGAUAAAGUUAAACCAUAAUCUUGAGAAAUGUAUGGCUCAAGUGAACAAGCAUUUACUUCGACAUAAAAUAUUGCUUGGAUUGGAUGAUAGAGGGAAGAUUUCAUGUCAUAAAGUCAAUCUCUGCUUCAUAUACUUUGAUACUACAGAUUGCAUCAAAAAGUUACAAGAAGUAAUAGAACGAGAGGAACGUGAAGGAAGAGUUAUCGGGGAAGAUGGAAAUUCUGAAAUGCGUCGAAAAAGGGAAUUGCAACAACGAAUGGAUAUCGAUGAUAGUGAUAUUGUGAUACAAGGCAGCACAACCACCAGAAUUUCUCGUAAGCAGGAACGGGCGGAGUUGCUGUUGCUGAGGUAUGCUUCUCGAUGGGCACAUCACUUUGUGCGCCGGAGACUUGAUCUGGUUAUAGACUCACAGGAACGUAACAGAGACAUCACGGGUCUUUCUGUUCCACCACGACAUUGUGUCUCCGCCCGUUGUCCUUGUCAAUUCAUUGAGGACCAUCUCAAAUACAAGCCUAGAGGCAAGUUGAUAUUUCGUACGUUUUUUCUGAUGCCAAACUUUGGUGGUAAAUAAU